ACCAACCGCAGACUGCGUAGCAGCGCCAGAGGGAACAUAGCUACGGCGGACGGGACCUGACGCUAUGCAGCCAGCGGCAUGACAACCACGUCGAUGGCUUUUCCAAAGUUUGAUAACGUUACGUUGGCCAUGAAGCGAGACGUUAGAAGCGUGAAACUGAUUUAGCGGCAAUGACUGCUGUAUCACUUGUUAGAUAGAAAAACCGAAGAGGGGGGGCUACAGUGGACUCCCUCCCCUCGGUAGAGAGAGACGUUCCGCCCGAUGGAGGCUGACGGGACCUUUGCAGCGAGCUCGAGGCCCAGAGCGUCACCUGUGAGACGUCGACACCUCGGUGGCGGACGUAAUUAACGAGAACACGCGAACAUCUGCCUGCACUUUCGACGACUUAUUUGACAACUUCUGAGCGAGCCUGUAUACACAAACUAAAGUUAGCAGGUCAACAAUAGCUGCAGGAGGCGACCCCACGCGCAACAUGACCAACAUAGAUAUCACUUAAGGAGAGGUUACGUGCCGCCUCAGGUAAACUUGGGACAGGUGAACUGCGCACUGUUACCUGCUGACUAGAUGGGUUUGUUCUAGAAAGUAUACAUCAGCAACUUGUCUCAUUCUUGCUGCGAGAACUUUUUUUUUUUCUCUCUCUCAAAAGAGGAUUUUUUUUUUUUAAUCUCUCCAUCAACCAUGUCACUCAAAGACAACCCCUGUCGGAAAUUUCAAGCCAACAUUUUCAACAAAAGUAAAUGCCAGAACUGCUUUAAGCCCAGAGAAUCUCAUUUGCUGAACGACGAAGACUUAAAUCAGGCAAAACCUAUAUAUGCAGGAUGGUUGCUCCUGGCACCGGAGGGAACAAAUUUUGACAAUCCCUUACACAGAUCUCGGAAAUGGCAAAGGAGGUUCUUUAUCCUCUACGAGCAUGGCUUACUUCGCUAUGCUCUGGAUGAAAUGCCCAGCACGCUGCCCCAGGGUACAAUCAAUAUGAACCAGUGCUCUGAUGUCAUUGAUGGGGAGUCCAGGACAGGCCAGAAGAACUCGCUGUGCAUCCUGACCCCUGAGAAGGAGUACUUCAUACGGGCUGAGUGUAAAGAAAUCAUUAAUGGGUGGCAGGAGGCUCUGACUGUGUACCCCCGGACAAACAAGCAGAACCAGAAGAAAAAACGCAAGGUUGAUCCACCCACCCACCAGGGUGGAGUAACUCCAAGACAGUGUUUUUCCACUGAAGACAUGAAUGGACACCCAGAGCCUGGCCCUGCUAAGGUAACUGUGACCAGCAGCAGCAGUGGAGGCAGCAUCCCAUCCCUGCCCAGCAGUAUUGCCAGUGCUGAGCGUAUCCCAAUGAGCCGUGCAACUCUGUGGCAGGAAGAGCCCCGCUGGAGCAGGGCCACCAUCCCCUGCAGCCGCAGUGCCUCCUGUCUUAGCCAGCUGAGCCAGAGUCAGCCAGACUCCAGUGCCACUACGCAAGAUGAUGGUGGCACUGUGAGCACUGGACGUAAGGUACGAGUUGAGAGUGGCUACUUCUCCCUGGAGAAGACCAAGUCGGAGCCUUCUCCACAAUCUGCACAUCACUCUCAGCCACCCCAGCAUCUGCCCCUGUCCUCUUCAGCAUCUUCCUCCUCUUUAGGAGCUCCCAGUUCCAGGUACAACUCAGAGUCAGAACCCCAAACUUCCCCUCAUCAGCUCUCCCAAGAUCCUCUCCCCUCUCCAUGUUCACUUGUCUCCCCAAGCUACUCCACCAUCAGCUCUUCCCAGAGCUCGCUGGACUCUGAACCCAGUGGAGCUACAUCCACCUGGGAAGGGCACAGUGGUGGUGGAGGCGGCCGAGUUGGCCGUUCCGGCAGGGAGUACGCAGCACUGGCAGAUGUGCCACGGGCUCGCAGACUGAGCUACCGAGAAGCCUUCCGCUCAGAGAAGAAACGUCAUGAGCUGAGGGCGCGGACACGGAGCCCUGGGAGAGAGGAGGUGGCUCGGCUGUUUGGGGAGGAGCGCAGACGAUCUCAAAUAAUCAACCGGUUUGAGGAGGGCCAGCAUGUUGAACGCAUGGAAACGAGCAGCUCCAACGAUCCUUCGGCUAACUCUGUGCUAAUCCAGAGACAAGGACGCAGCGAGAAACGUUAUUUGGCUAAUAAACAUGAGAUGUCACUGGAUGCAGGAAAAGACCGUUCAGUCCCUGAUGUGUCCGGCUCCACUUUGGCCAACCUAAGGAGGGCCAAAUCAUUGGACCGCAGAGUCACAGAGUCCUCGAUGACUCCAGAUCUGCUGAACUUCAAAAAAGGAUGGAUGACAAAGCUAUAUGAAGAUGGAGUGUGGAAGAAACACUGGUUUGUCCUGACAGAUCAGACUUUGAGGUACUAUAAGGACUCAAUAGCCGAGGAGGCUUCAGAAAUGGAUGGUGAGAUUGACCUUUCUACGUGUUAUGAUGUCAAAGAGUUUCCAGUUCAAAGGAAUUACGGUUUCCAAAUCCUGUGUAAAGAAGGAGCAUGCACCCUGUCAGCGAUGACCUCUGGAAUCCGUCGUAACUGGAUUCAGGCCAUCAUGAAGAACGUGCGACCCACUAUCGCCCCCGAUGUCACCCGGAAAAACAUCCCUCUGAAACUAUCGGUUCUGAAGCCCAGAUCACUCCCGGAUGAGAAGAUAAAAUCCCACGUGAUGCUGGAGCCGUGUCCACAGGCCACCCCUGAGCCAAUCCACAGUCCAGAAAUCCACAAGUCUGACGGGCAGAGACAGCCACCUGUGAACAAUGCCUCUGAGCCACGUAAAAGCAGAGUUCGGGAGCGCAGACGAGAGGGCCGCUCAAAGACCUUCGACUGGACCGAGUUCAAAAUGGGACAGACAGAAAAGCCCGUAAAAGAACGAGCAGACACGGUUGACCUCAGCUCAUCGUUCUCUACAACCUCCUCCUACUGUUCCGCCUCCUCUUCACCCUCCUCCUUGGCAUCAUCUCCUAUCUCUUCUUCCUCCCUCCAAACCUCAUCUGCAUCAGGUGCUCACCCACCUUCUAUGACAGAAGAAGCAGAAAAGGAGAAUGUUAAGAGGGGCAUCCCUCCGCACACCACAACAAGUGCAAAUCGCACGCCAAAUACUGUUACUGUAACUGUUAUUUCAGCGCUCAAUCCUGCAUCACCAGUGCAGCAGUCAACACCUGAAAUCCAAGAGCAGGGAAAGAUGGAAGUGGAUCACCCUGCUGCCAUUAGUCCAGCGAGUGAAGACAAAGACAGCAGAAGUUCAGAUGUCCAAGAUGAGAUUGAGCAGCGAUGGCAUCAAGUGGAGACAACACCAUUACGCGAAGAGAAGCAAGUACCGAUCACCACAGCUUUAGGAAACUCUGAGAGAUUGCCUGCGCAUGAGCUUGCUGCUCUACUAGAUAAAGAGUUGGGACAGAAGCAGAAGGAGCUGGACCAACUACAGAAGCAGAACAGCCUCUUAAAAGAGCAACUGGAAGAUGCGCUAGUGAGAGAACAAAGUGCCAGGGAGGGCUAUGUGCUGCAGAGCACGCCACCUCCAUCGUCUUCACCGAACAGAGUGCCAUGGCAACACUUACACAGGCUUAAUCAAGAUUUACAGGGUGAAUUGGAGUCCCAAAAACGCAAGCAGGACCUUGCACAGCAACAGAUCCGGACACUGAAGCGAAGCUACACUGAAGCCCAGGAUGCUGUAGAGCGCCACGAAACUGAUAUUCAGGCUCUGCAGACUAAACUUGCAUCUGCAAUGGCUGAAAUUUUAGCAAGUGAACAGGCAGUGGUCCGGAUGCGAAAUGAGCUCAGGCUAGAGCAGGAGCGUUCAAAAGAACAAGAAGAGGAAUAUAGCCGUAGUGAGGCUACCUUACGAGCCCAGCUAAAGGACAGUGAAGAUAGACUUCGUGAAGUAGAAGCCAACCUCCUGGAGAGAAACCAGGUGCUCAGACACUUGGAGCGCCAGCAGGCCCUACAGCGAGACCACGUGAGGGAGAUACAGAGAUUGCAGGACAAGCUACAAGAGGUGACUGCUCGACUAAGUGCUACUGAAGAGGGCCAGGCACUGAAAGAAGAGCGCUUGAGGCAGGAACAGCAUAGCAUGCAAGAGAGUCAUGAACGAGAGAGACAGAAUCUGUGCAAAAGAUUAGCUGAAGCUGAAGCUGCGCAUAAGGAAAUAGAGGACAGACUGUUCGAGGCUGAGCAGCAGGUAGAGGCCUUGUUAAGAGGUAGGCGGGCCUCAGGAGGUACAGAAUGCAGGCAGGAAAUGCUGAAGUUGCAAGAGGAGCUGGCGCAAAAGACUGACAUGGUUGAGUCACUGAAGGAAAGUGUGCGUAGACUAGAAGAAGAAAAAGGCCAUCUCAUGUGUCGUUGUCAGGAACUUCUCAACCAGAUCGCUGAAGCAGAUCGUGAGGUGAACAAACUUCGUACUCGUCUGGAAACAGAAGAAGCAGAUUACUACACCUUGGAGCAUUCAUAUGAGAGGGCUACUCAAGAGUUUCAGAAAAUGAGCCAGUUCCUCAGAGAAAAAGAAGAAGAGAUCCGGCAGACUAAAGAGAUGUAUGAGAGGCUGAUGGAACGCAAGGAGGAGGACCUAAAAGAAGCCCUCAUUAAAAUGACUGCACUUGGCAACAGCUUAGAGGAAACUGAGCAGAAACUGCAAGCCAAGGAGGAGCUUCUCUGUCAAAUGACUCAAAACCUCUUGGACAAAGUUGAGCCUUGUAAUGCUGAAAAGGAUCUGCAAGCCAAGCUUGUGGUUGCAGAGGACCGCAUUGCAGAGCUGGAGCAGCACCUCAAUGCCCUACGGCUGGGCUAUGCUGAUCUACAUAUGGAAAGGCAGCAAAUCCCAGAACAGAGCAAGGACGGAAGAACAUCACCCUCCUCAUUAUCAAACACUGAGCUUUUUUUGGACGAUACGCCCACAGCAGAGAGCACUCCAGAUGAUAAGGAGUCUCAAGCUAAAAGACCAAGGAUACGUUUUUCUAGUAUUCAGUGCCAAAAAUAUGUCAAUUUUGAGGGACUGGACACUAGCCAAAAAAUUAAUCAGGAUGUAAAUGAAGGCAACCAGCAAACUGAAGGAAAGAUUUCUCCUGAUUUUACAGCCCCACAUACUAAUGACCCAGAGAAGUUUAUCUCUAUCAUACAUGCCCUUGAAACUAAACUGCUAGCUACAGAAGAUAAGCUAAGAAACCUCACACAGAAUCUAGACAUGCAACGAUCCACCCAAGCAGAGGACGUGUCUAAUAUAGAGCUAAAGAUCAGUGAAAAGGAGUCUUGCCAAGAGAAAGAGAUUAGUGAUGCAAGUGGGAUACAGAGUAGUGCUGUUGUUAAGCAUUAUACCAAUGCCCUGGUGUGUGUGGAAAGCAGCCGAGAGAAAGUUAGGGCUAUUCUCAGCGGCUUUCAUGACACGACGGAUACACAGCUGCGCUCGUUGUCUGAGAUAGAGAAGGAUUUGUUCGAUGCUUCGCUGUACCUUCGACAAGGACAAAAGACGUUGGAAGAGCAAUCACCUGUUGGCCAUCCAAAUCAAACCCCAGAGACAGUAGAUAAAGAGGCAAUGCACCUCUUUGCCAAAACCUUGUCCUUUGAGGCAGUGGUUUUGAACAAGAUGGCUUUGUUAAUACAAACCUCAAAAUCUGACCUCCUGCGGGCUCUUGGUGAGAUCUGGGAAGGUAUUGAGCACAUUAAAGGGAGUGACAAAGAUUGCUUAGCUGUAGUUUACGCUGAUGUCUUGACCAGGAAGCUGAUGUUGGAAAGUGCAUUCUGGAAAGAACUUGAGAAAGCAGAGACGGAUGUUGCUAAAUCCAAAGAGGGAAGUGUUUUAGAUGAUGUAGCUGUUGAUGAUGCCAAAGUUGCCUUCAACACCUUCGUGAAAGCAGAAUUAGCCUACUCGAUUCAAAACCUUAAACUUUGCUAUGAGGAGAAAUUCAAAAUACUGAAAAGGGAGUUGACUGAAGCCCAUAAAAACCUAUAUGAAAGGGAAAUGGCACUGAAGGCAAUUAUCGAAGCUUCUAAAAGGCCUGAUUUGAAAACGGUAAUAAAAGAAGUCAAAAAUAACUUUGGCUUCAAUAAACAAAAGUUGGCUGACAUUCACCCUCCUGAGCUUGCUCCCUACAUGGAGCAGAUCGAAACAGAAGAAGCUAGAGACUUGGCUGAGGAAAUCGUAGACAGACACUUGGCUGGUGAAAUGCCCUAUUGUGGUGUUGACUCUGUUGAAUCACUGCAAAGUGCUCAUGAAAACUUGGCUAAUGAACUUCAAAGACAAGCAGCGAUCCUACACAAGUAUGCCCAAGAAAUAGAAAGUGGUGAAAGUCAUCCCGGGCUGUCUAACAUGAUUCAAUCUCUUUUAGGGCACCAAACAUCACAUCUUUUCACGGGUACCUCUCUUUGUAUGCGUGAAGCCCUGAUUCAGGCUCAAGUGGCAUACGUGGCAUGUAGGUUACGGGCCGUGCACGAACAAGACUUAGGCUAUUGUAAACAGACCAGUCAGAAUAUGGAUGAUCUUGUGCAGCAGCAUGCCCGCAGUGUUGCAGCAAUCCAAGAAAAAUAUGAAUCGUCUUUGCAAGCGGAGCGCCGGAACUUCAAGCAAACUGUGGAAUCUCUCCAGAAGGAAAAUCAAAAUCUAAAGGGUGAGAUCAGCAGACGUGUGAAUCAGCUCUCCCACCAGCAGGAGCAAGCGGCCUUCCUGGAGAAACAGUUUCAGAAAGAGACUGAAGACCUGAGGCAGAGGCACCAAAAGGAGCUAAGCCAUGCAGAGCAAGGCCGUGCCUCAACAGAGCUGGCCCUCAUCGAGACGGCAGCUGACGGUCAACGAAAGUUAGAGGUUCUUCUAGCAGACAUGGGCGCCAUGGAGGAGAGGCACGAGAGUCACAUGAGGAAACUAGAGGAGCAGUUUGAAAUGAGGGUUUGUGAGCUCCGGCAUAUCCACAAAGAUGAGAUUGAAAAGUUAAAUUCUGAGUAUGUGGAGAACAUUCAGAGUCUCAAAGAGCACCACUCUGACAGUAAAAUCGCUGAGGUUUCACACUCGCUUCCUUGCGAGGAGGCCACUACACCAAUGGAAGAGGAAGAGCAGGGAAAGGGAGAAGAUGUACAGCACAUGUCAGAGGUCGACUCCAUGGUGGUUCUGAAAGACAGAAUCCAAGAACUGGAGACGCAGAUGAAUAAUAUGAGGGAUGAACUGGAGAACAAGCACCCUGAAGGAGAUGUGGCCAGCCUGAGAGAGAAAUACCAGAGAGACUUUGAAAGCCUCAAGGCCACAUGUGAGCGUGGCUUUGCCGCAAUGGAGGAAACACACCAGAAGGUGAUAGAAGACCUCCAGAGGCAACAUCAGAGGGAGAUUUCCAAACUUAUGGAAGAGCGAGAGAGGCUAUUGGCUGAGGAGACAGCUGCCACAAUUGCUGCUAUUGAAGCUAUGAAGAAUGCACACAAGGAAGAACUGGAAAAAACCCAGCGCUCCCAAAUCAGUGGACUCAACUCUGAUAUUGAUGAGCUUCGCUUACAAUACGAGGAGGAGCUGCAGUCCAUCCAGAGAGAACUGGAGGUGCUGUCAGAGCAGUACUCUCAGAAAUGUCUGGAGAACGCUCACCUGGCUCAGGCGCUGGAGGCCGAGAGGCAGGCCCUCAGGCAGUGUCAGAGAGAGAACCAGGAGCUGAAUGCGCACAACCAGGAAUUAAAUAACCGGCUGACUGCAGAGAUCACUCGGAUGCGCUCCUGUUUCAGCGGUGAAACCGCUCACUCCCCGCUUUCCCAGGGCAAAGAUGUGUAUGAACUGGAGGUAUUGUUACGAAUAAAGGAGUCAGAGAUUCAGUAUCUCAAACAAGAAAUCCACUCUUUGAAAGACGAACUGCAGUCUGCUUUAAGGGACAAGAAAUAUGCCACAGACAAAUAUAAGGACAUCUACACAGAACUCAGCAUUGUAAAAGCAAAAGCAGACUGCGACAUCAGCAAACUGAAGGAGAAGUUGCUCAUUGCCACUGAAGCUUUAGGUGAGAGGACUGUCGAUGGAACAGUUACAUCUGGAUAUGAUAUCAUGAAAUCCAAAAGUAACCCAGAUUUCAUGAAGAAAGAACAAUCAGCGAGCUCCAGGCAUUCAAGAGGUAUAAGGUCAAAGAGCCUGAAAGAGGGACUCACUGUGCAGGAGCGCAUGAAGCUUUUUGAGGCAAAAGAUUCCAGAAAGAUCUGAAAGAGGUUUUUCUCUCUCUCUCCUGGCCUUUGACUUGUUUUGUUUUUUUUGUUUUGGGGGGUUUGGUUUUUUUUUUUUUUUUUUUUUGGUCAGAUUGCCCCAGCUGUGCCAGCAUGGGCUGAAGAUUUUUGCAGAAAAUAGUGGGUUGGGUGGGGGGGGUGAUCAAGGACUCGAACCUAUCAGCUCUACACCUCUUUCAUGUUUUAGUUUGAUCUUUGUUUUGUUUUAAUUCAGAGUACAUACACUUAUAACCUGGCCAAAUUGGAGUUGUGUCAAAUGCGCUGUGAGAGGGAUAGAUUACAGCGUUUCUCUUGAUCCUCCAAAAUGCCAAAACAGACAGCAAUACAUGUUAUGAAUAAUAUAUAUAAAUAUAUCCCAAUAUGAAUUAAGUAUCUGCUGUAUUUUAUUAUUGUUAUAGUGUCUAUAUCUAAUUUUUAAUGUGCUUAAUGUUGCACCAGUUCUCUUGUACAUAACUACUGGACACAUUAGAUUAUGGUUUGCUAUUGAUUGUUUGGGGCAUCUGCUGUACUAUUUGAUUGAUAUUGGAAAACAAUGUGACGCUUACCUUGAUAUAAUGUAUGAGUGUUUUAUAAAACGGUGUGUCUGCGUGUGAAGGGGG